AUGGUGGCUGGCUGGGCGGAUCUUGGCCGUCUGUUCUUGAGCGAGGCAGAAGAGAAGUCGAGGGGCGUCUGGGGCAGGGGCGAAUGGUUUUGCCUGCUCUUGCUGCCGCCGGAUUCUGGAGGCGGCGCCGCUUUUGUGCUUGUGUGUGAUGCGUUCUCGGCUGAGAAUGAUGGGUCGACUCCGGCUGCUGUUUCGCCGGAAACUACUGUGGCAGAUGGCGAUUUGAAUGAUUUGGUGUUCUUGGACAUGUCUGCCUCUUUUGUGUCGAGUGAGUCGAGUAGUGAAAAUUCUAGAUCGUCGGAUGAUGAUACGAGCUGUCUAGAUACUGUAAAUGGCGUGCCAAGAAAUAGGCCCCGAGCCGGGUAUGACAUGGUUAUGUUUGAUUAUGGGAUUGGUGUAAAUCUUUCUGGGCCACUCGAAGGGAGUAUUCCUGCAUACAAGCUGGGAAACGAGAGCCCGGAAUCUGUUAUAACUUUUGACAAGUUGGAUGAACUUCGUGCUGUCUAUGCUAUUCCUCCUUGUGCCAGUCUGGCUGCUCCAUCUGGUUCGGAAAGGCCAGAUUGGUUAUAUCCAGGAUGGACGGUCCUGUAUGAGUGUUUUCUUCAGAUGGGUGCCCGUUUUCCUCUUCCUCGGCUAGUGUUCGAGGCUUGCACUCACUACCGCGUUGCUCCGGGUCAAUUGGUUCCGAACGUGUGGCGCACUCUCAUGGCCAUUCAGGUUUUUAGCGAGUUGAGGGGUGUUCACUUCAGUUUUUCUGAAGUUUUGCAGGCUUACAGUUUGGAGACGCAUAGGACUGAUAAUGUUCGAUAUCAAUUUAAGGCAAACCGUCCGCUUGUGCUAUCUCUUCCAGAUAGCGCUAAGAAAUGGCGUUCUAGAUACUUUUUCAUAUCCAAUAACGCACUAGGAGAACCGCGUGAUUCGAUUAUUCCACAGGCAUGGGAAGCUUGUACUUGUCCGAGGAGGGGGCCUACCAGCUUGGCUUUCGAUAGUGCUAGCAAGAUCGAUUGGUUUUUAGGUUUUAGCGAAGAGGAUCGCCAAAUCUGUAACAUUUUGACCGAGGCCAACUUGCGAGUUAGCUCUUUGUGGAGCCGCGUGCCCGCAGAUCACAGGAUGUCGAAGUCAUAUGUUCCUCCUCUGCUUGGGAAGGGCGCUGCAAUGGACGUGAUCCGUAGGAAUAGGCAGAAGGCUGCUAGCUCGAGUGGUGCGGUUACAGCUGAUGUUACUGCAGCACGUGUCCCGCAUUCGACUCGUGUUCCGGCUCACAAGAAAAAGCGGUCUGCUGAGGUUGACCUCACUGUUCGCUAA